AUGUCGGAUACAGAUGCUCUGGCUGACGAGUUCAACGAAAAAGCCGAGCUUCGUUCCAACGUCGUGGAAGACGAUGACUUUGUCGAUGAAAAGGAAGCACUCCGCCAGCAGCAACAGCAACAACACGACAUUGACCAACUUUUAUCGGAUCUACCAGAUGAUACACCCGAUGUGAAGAAUGACUCGGAACAACAACAAGAAGCGAAAUCAAAGGAACGCGAUCCACGCUUGCAUACAGUGGCUCGCAAUGACUCCCAAUUUCAAAAGAUUUUCAAACAGUUUGAUAGCCAGCAAGAGGAACUCAAUAUUAAACCUGAUUCAGCCUCUUCCAAACCAGCAGUCGAGACCGAUACAUCAAUAGAACGAAAGCCCAGCGGUCAUGAACCUAAAAAACCAUCGAUAUCCGACUUGCAAAAGACGGUCCAUGUGACAGCACCACCUCAGCGUCAGGAGAUACCCUUUGAUUUCAACAAGUUUUUAGAACAAAUGAAACGACGAAGCGCCAUGCCUAUCACUCGUUAUUUUAAAAGCUUUUUGCAAGCUUUCGAUCGAAGGCCAUGGAGUGUGAAAGAACAGAUCAAAAUCAUUCAAGAUUUUCUCGAUUUUAUUUACGUCAAAAUGCGUGAAUGCGAAGUGUGGCGCGAUGUCAGCGAUCAGGAAUUCGAGAAUGCUAAAGAGGGAAUGGAAAAGUUAGUCAUGAAUCGAUUAUACCACGCUACCUUUUCACCGAGCACGACCGAUGAUAAAGAGCGCGACGAGAUUUUACACCAAAAAAUUAGCAUUUUCCGAUGGAUCCGAGAAGAACAUCUUGAUAUACCCGUGACCAGUCAUAAUGCGUCUUUUAUGACAUUUGCAGAAUCUGAACUUUUGAAAAUUAACAAUUACAAAGCGCCAAGAGACAAGUUGAUCUGUGUCCUAAAUUGCUGUAAAGUCAUCUUUGGUCUGAUUAAGCAUGUGGAAGGUGAUGCAGGCGCUGAUAAAUUCUUACCUGUCCUUAUCUACGUUGUCAUCCGCGCCAACCCUCCUCGACUGGUCUCUAAUAUACAAAAUCCCGAGCAACUCCAAUCGGAAGCAGGGUAUUACUUGACAAAUCUGCUAGGUGCUGUUACAUUCAUUGAAACUAUGGAGGCCAACUCAUUAUCUAUUACCAAAGAAGAAUUUGAUGCGAACAUUGAACGAACAAUGAAUGAAUUGGAGCAGGAACGACCAUCCAUCACGCACGAUAAACGCCAAAUCAGCUAUGAUAAUGUAGUCCACCCUUCACAGUCACCACAGGUGCAAACACCUUUGCUCAUCGAUCCUGUCAAGGCGGCGGCGCUACUUGAAAAAGGAAGUAAUUUCGCGCAAAAGACGAUGCAAAAACCAUUAGAUUUCGUUGGCAAGAUCCUACAAGGAUUAGGGGAGAAUACUCCGUUAAGCACAAGUCCACCUGAACAACAACGUGAAGCAACACCGGUUCCGGAUGAUGAAGAAGCAAGAAUGUAUAGAGAACGGGCGCGGCUAUAUUAUGAGCAGCAACAGCAGCAACUACAUGGUCAUUCGCAGGGACGAUAUCCAGGAGGAUGGCAGCAUGUUUAUCCGGGCAACAUGCCAUAUGCAUCACAACAAACUCUUGCGACAGCCCAAUUGCCACCACAGGCAACGCAUAUGCAUGUUUCCGAACGCCGACGGGAAGAAAUGCAAAGAGCAUUUGAUGACAAACUCAAAACCGUUAUUGCUAUGUUCCCCAACGUUGAUCCCGAUGUUUGUUUUAUGAUUCUCCAAGCCAGUGAUGGCCAGGUUGCUAAAACCGUUGAUACCCUUUUGGAUAUUUCUAAUUCGGAUAAUCAACCUGUCAGAUCCAUGAAUGAGGAAAAUAUUGAGGUUGAACUGCAAGAAAUUCGUUCCGGUACGUCGACUGUACCUCGAUCGUCGUUACCUUCCCGAUCAUUGUCGUCAACAGAAGAAGGAACUCGCUCGGAAAAUAAAACAGAUGAGGAAUCGCUGAUUCGAUUAUAA